AUGAUGCACACUGCGCGACCGGCUUCGAGAGAAUCUGCGCAGGAAGCCAAGGCUUAUCCACGAUCCAGGUUUCGUGAACGCCCUGCACACCCCAGUAAACUCUUUGAAGACUGUCCUAGAAGGAGUUGUGAGUGCGAGGGCUCACUAGCGCCAUUGGGUCCUCCGGUGAGCUCAUUCUGCACCCCGUCCUCGGGGGACAGAACAUCCCGCGGGGCAUCCUCCAACAUACUCUCUGAAAGCCAACAAACUACAAUCGGGUCUUGUGGAAGGGCAAGUGUAGAUGAUGCCGAUGAUAGAGCUGGGGUGAGUGAGGCUGGGGAGACAGAAAGCACCAGCCACAGUUUUCAGUGCGCCGAAAGUGAUUCGACAAGCUGCCAAAUUUUCAACUCCAGUCAGGCGGAAGAGAGCUGCAGUGGCCCAACGACGCCAGCGAAUCAGUUACAUUCCCCCUUUGUCGGCCGACACUCUCGCAGCUGUGGGGACGGUGGUAGCGAGGUACUGGUACCGCAGCAAAAUCCCUGCUCAUUCUCUCUCACCCUCGUACCCCCCGUUCUCGAUUCGACAGCCAGCUUAAUGAAAUAUCGCGUUAAAUAUCCACUUCUUCUAGCCAAUCUACGACGUGCACUGUUGUGUGAAAGAGUUGCUGGAGACGCAGAGAAUAUUCUAGACAGUUUUGCCGUGGAGGUGUUGGAAAAACGCCGAGUAAAGACCACAGCACCUGUAUCCCUCGCUUUGACAAAUCAAUCACCCACAGAAGUUGAUCAGCUUGGUACUCUGAUAAACGAAGGUAUCCGAUUCAUCAAACAUCAAUGGAAGUGUCAUUACUACGCCCUUAUCGAUGCGGUGGACUUGCUUUACAAGGACUACCAACUUCUUUAUCAUAUCAAUCGAGAUGGCAGUCGUACCUUGGCCACCAGUUCACCAUACCAUGUGGUUGCAUCUUAUAGGGAUCCGUUUGGCUUCCAGGAGGGCCAUAAUGAUGAGACUCGCGUGAUGGCUGGAACAGAUCCGGUCAACUACCUGGUCCACCUCCUUUCGAAACAUCUACCCUGCAUAGAAGCCAGAACGCACGUGCGAGGGGACACCGUGCAACCCCUAUCCUCCGGCAGGCGUCAGCGACGCCAUCAGUCGGCUUCGUGGGCGGUCCUGCCCGCGCAUCGUUUCUUCGCCUCCGUUGCUUUCAUCCAAGACGUGAUUGCUCAGUGUCGAUUGAUCCACCUGGAGUUGGACAAGCAGCUGGCUUUCCAGACACGAGUCAUGCACAUCAUCAGACAGGCCAAGGAGCAGAAGGUCCAGCUGGAGGCCUGUAUGGCUGAACAGAAGCAAAAGAUCUUUACACUGGCGGAUACCAUUAAGAAGUCACGACAGGAGCUGGAGGAGAUGGUGGCCAGGUCUGUCGCCUCAAAACGACUUCGGCAAGAACAGCAGGCGGCGGCGGCGGCAGCAGCAGAGAGAGCACAACGAAGCAGCGAAGCAGAACCACACACGUUGGCUGGUAAACGGAAGCGAUUGGAAGACCUCAGACGAACACUGGUUACUAAAACAGCGCGUCUAGCCGCUCUUGAACGUGUGCUACGUGAGGAGGAGACGCGAAGGCGAAGACUACACAACCGGCUGCAGGAGAUUAAUGGUAACAUCAGGGUCUACUGUCGAGUCCGACCGCCCGCCAACGAGGGCUAUCCCGCUACUGCCAGCGGCGCUACUAGUUACAUCCGGGUAGCAUCAGACGACAAAUUACUGAUUUGCCCGGACGCGCUCCCCGAUACUCGUGACUGUCGCAGCGGUGCACUCCUACUAAAAUCGUUAAAGUCUAAUAGCGGACCUGAUGGUAUGCGAUGUUUCAUCUUCGACAAGGUCUUUGGACCGGAAGCCAAGCAGUCAACUGUGUACAGAGAGGUGGAGGACCUAGUAAUCUCCUGUGUAGACGGAUACAACGUCUGCAUCAUAGCCUAUGGACAGACUGGCAGCGGGAAGACGCACACCAUGGUGGGAACUCAGGAAGAACCUGGAGUAAACAGACGGGCUAUCCAGAGAUUACUGCGUCUUUGCAAUGACCGACAUCACUGGGAGUACCGCCUAUCCAUGAGUAUGUUGGAGGUCUAUCAGGAGGAGGUCUUUGAUCUACUGGACUCACUUGAGCCUCCGACCUGGGGCAUCUCCGCCGAGCAACUCUCUCGCACCUCCUCCGACGAGAUCUCCCCUCAUCGCCCCAACAGUCGGAACUCGAACUCAAAACUGUCAAGCCGUAGCCGUAGCACUGCCCCUAGCAUUGCGAGCGGUUGCGCUCGGAAGCCGACCCCUGCAGGCUUCAUCACUACCUGUGGUACCAACAGUUUCGCCAAACCACGGCCUUCAGUGCUCCGACGAAGGAGUGUUGUCAAACUCCUCUCCACCCAGGAGGAUGAGCUUGUGUUGCAGAACCUUACAGAGCGGCCCAUUAUGACUGAGCGGGAUGUCUUGGACUGCCUUAAUUUGGGUGAACAGAGGCGCAGUGUCGGUGCAACCCAGUUGAACAGAGCCAGUUCGCGCUCACACCUCAUCCUCCUGCUGAGAGUCAGUGGAGAACACCGGCUGCAUCGCAAUCACAGUCGUGGCACUCUGAUUUUGGCCGAUUUAGCGGGCUCCGAAAAUGUCACCAAAUCGGGUUCCGUCGGCCAGCGUCUUCAGGAGGCAGCCUGCAUCAAUCGGUCUCUCUGCUGCCUUGGUCGUGUUUUUGACGCUCUGCGUCGGCGGGAGAAGCCUGCCUACCGGGAGACCAAGUUGACCUACCUGCUAAAGCCAACUCUGGGCGGAGACUCAAAGUGCCUGCUCUUUAUCAACGUUCGAGGAGAGCCGGAGCAUGCGGAUGAGACCCUGCGGGCCAUCAACUUUGGUCAGAAUGCACUCCAGGUAGCGCCCUGGAAGUCGGCUUCGUCGCAUAAGAGCGCUGGUGUUUGGAGUGAGGGCAGUCGUCUGAUGACUCACUUGGACUCCAGCCAGAUGCCGCGACCUGCACAGAGACGAGUACCGGGUGUAGGUAGAAGGCCGGUCCCACGGAAGGUCUGGGAUCAGCCUCUUUUGCACUGA